GCGGUUGCUAGGGGCUGUCACAGCCCUCGGAGUCUCGCGAGGAUCUUCAAGACUUCGCGCAGGACCGCCCAUCGGUUGCCGGGAGACCGCGCAGCCUCCGCCCGGCUGGCGCUUCUGUCUGCGGGGGGCAAGAGUCGACCACCAGAGCCAUGGCACCCAAGAAGAAAGGAAAGAAAGGGAAAACCAAAGGUACCCCGAUUGUUGACGGGCUUGCUCCGGAGGACAUGAGCAAGGAGCAGGUGGAGGAGCAUAUCAGCCGCAUCCGCGAGGAGCUGGACCGUGAACGCGAGGAGCGCAACUACUUCCAAUUAGAGCGGGACAAGAUCCACACCUUCUGGGAGAUCACACGGAGGCAGCUGGAGGAGAAGAAGGCUGAGCUGCGCAACAAAGACCGGGAGAUGGAGGAGGCUGAGGAGAGGCAUCAGGUUGAGAUCAAGGUCUACAAGCAGAAGGUGAAACACCUGCUGUACGAGCAUCAGAACAACCUGACAGAGAUGAAGGCCGAGGGCACCGUGGUCAUGAAGCUAGCCCAGAAGGAGCACCACACACAGGAGGGUAUACUACGCAAAGAUAUGCGGGCGCUAAAGGUGGAGCUCAAGGAGCAGGAGUUGGCCAACGAGGUGGUGGUGAAGAACCUGCGGCUGAAGCACACUGAGGAGAUCACCAAGAUGCGGAAUGACUUUGAGAGGCAAGUGCGAGAAAUUGAGGCCAAGUAUGAUAAAAAGAUGAAGAUGCUUAGGGACGAGCUUGACCUGCAGAGAAAGACUGAGAUCCAUGAGGUGGAGGAGAGGAAGAAUGGCCAGAUCAACAUGCUGAUGCAGCGGCAUGAAGAGGCCUUUGCAGACAUCAAGAACUACUACAACGACAUCACCCUCAACAAUCUGGCCCUCAUCAACUCCCUCAAGGAACAGAUGGAGGACAUGCGCAAGAAGGAAGAUCACCUCGAGAAGGAGAUGAUGGAGGUGUCUAUGCAGAACAAGCGCCUGGCAGACCCUCUCCAGAAGGCUCGGGAUGACAUGAACGAAAUGCAGAAGAAGCUCAGGAACUAUGAGUGGGACAAGCAGAUUCUGAUUUGUACAAAAGCCCGUUUGAAGGUCGCUGAGAAAGAGCUGAAGGCCCUACAGUGGGAACAUGAGGUGCUGGAGCAGCGGUUCCUCAAGGUGCAGCAGGAGCGGGAUGAGCUAUAUCGGAAAUUCACUGCAGCCAUCCUGGAGGUACAGCAGAAGGUGGGCUUCAAAAACCUGGUUCUGGAGCGUAAGCUACAGGCGCUGAGUGCUGCUGUGGAGAAGAAAGAGGUGCAGUUCAAUGAGGUGCUGGCGGCUUCCAACCUGGACCCCACAGCGCUGACCCUCGUGUCCCGCAAACUGGAGGACGUUCUAGAAUCGAAGAACACUACUAUCAAGGACUUGCAGUAUGAGCUGGCCCGGGUCUGCAAGGCCCACAAUGACCUGCUGCGCACCUAUGAGGCGAAGCUCCUGGCCUUUGGGAUCCCUCUGGACAACGUGGGCUUCAAGCCUCUGGAGACGGCUGUGAUUGGGCAGACCCUGGGCCAGGGCCCUGCGGGACUUGUGGGCACACCAACGUAGAGCUCGACUGGGACUGCUCCCUGGAUGACUUCCCUUUCACCAAGGACAGGAGCUGUUUGUUUUUUAGAUUUGUAUCAUCUGCAAAUGAAGGUUUUCUAUGUUUGCUUUGUGUCCCAUUGCCUGGCUCUGUGGAGGAGAGGCACCUCCUGGGCCCAUGGUGCCCUGACCACUUCCUUCCCUGCUGCCUGUCCAGUCUCUGCAAACCCCUGCCCUCCUUCCCACCUCGGGGCCAGGGCAGCACUAGCAGAGGCCAGGCAUCGAAGCGGCUUUACAGAUGCCAGCACUGACUUUAUUGAUGCCUGAGAUUCAGCUGCUACUGGAGAUGGGGGAACCAGAGUCUCCCACAGGGACUGUGACCUGGUGCCCUCUGCGUGGGUGCCUCAGUGAGCCAUGGGGAUGGAACUGAUGCUCACAGGCCAGCAGUUAGCCAGAGGCGAUGGCUAGCCACUAGCUCCCUCGAUACGUGGUGUAGGACCAUGGGCUCAGCAGCAGAGGCACGUGGAACCUGUGUGUCUCGUUGGCGAUGGUAAAAACAACCUGAGAAGCAGAGAAGGCACCAGAAGAGAGUGAGGGGCCUGCCUGUAUGUAGUACACAAGCAGCCCAGACUGUGGGCAGGGGGUAGGAAUUAAUAAGCAGGGCAGGAGCCCCAAGGGCCAGCUGGAGCUGGGUGGAGCUGGAAACCUGGCCAGGGCUGUGGAUGGGGCUGAACCCUGCCCAGAGAGCCCUCGGCUUAAGGAACCCAAAGGAUCCACCCUGGAUGGGGCCAGGUGACUGCCUCUGUCCACAGGGGCUGAGUCACUUUUGGCCCCGCCCCCCAUCUCACCCAGGGAUGGUUGUGUUGUGGUAAAGUCCCUGGACACCUUUCCUCUGGGAGCUCAAAGCAGGUGAACUCAUCGUCUGCCACUGCCCUGGGAGAGGUGGGAGGGGUAGGACUAGCCUGACCACUGUAGGAACCUGGGUGAAUCAUGGGCCUCCACCCCUCUGGCCCACCCCUGGCCCUCACCUCCACAUAUGGGUAGAAGCUCUCCUGCCCUUUCUUCUUCCAGUAGCCCUCGGUGUCAAAGGACAGCUUGUAGGUGCCUGCCUUCAUCGGGCCUGGAGGCAGGAGCCCUGGGCAGCGGCCAUCUGAGUCGGUGUAGCUGGGGAGCGUUGAGGGAUGGGGAGUGAGAAGUUGCCUCUGCCUGGCCCCACAGGAUCUGCAUGGCCAGUGGCCUCAGACCCCCCCACAGCCUGAGUCACUGGGAAAGCCCCCUAGCAGGACCAUCUAGGGCCUGGGCUCCUGAAGCGUCUCAGGGAUACCACUGCACUGACUUUUUAGACAGAACUCCCAAUAUACAGGAGUAGAAAACUAAAAAAAAAAAAAAAAAAUCCCCCCCUAUUUUAUGAGCAACAAUCCUUUUACAUUGGCAUAUUUUUCCCAGAUUUUCUCUAUACAUAACUGCUUAUUUAUAAAGUUAGGGAAAUACUCUAAAA